AGAGGGGUCUCAAGAAGCCGGAGGAGCGGACUCGGGACGGAAUUUCUGAGAAAGGAGAGAGGAAGGGCGCUCCACCCGCUCUGGAGCGGUUAGGUGAAAGAUGAAGGGCCGGCGGCGGCGGCGCCGGGAGUACUGCAAGUUCGCGCUGCUGUUGGUGCUAUACACGCUGGUGCUUCUGCUCGUCCCCUCGGUCCUGGACGGCGGCCGCGAUGGGGACAAGGGCGCCCGGCACUGCCCGGGCCUGCAGCGCAGCCUGGGAGUGUGGAGCCUGGAGGCGGCGGCGGCGGGCGAGCGCGAGCAGGGCGCGGAGGCGCGGCCAGCCGAGGAGGGGGUCGCUGGCGGGUCCCCCAGGUCCUCGGGCAACCUCAACAGCGCCGUCGGGGAGGCCGCGUCUCGCGAAAAGCAGCACAUCUACGUGCAUGCUACCUGGCGCACCGGCUCAUCGUUCCUGGGCGAGCUCUUUAACCAGCACCCGGACGUUUUCUACUUGUACGAGCCCAUGUGGCAUCUGUGGCAGGCGCUGUAUCCGGGCGACGCCGAGAGCCUGCAGGGCGCACUCCGCGACAUGCUGCGCUCGCUCUUCCGCUGCGACUUCUCAGUCCUGCAGCUGUACGCGCCGCCCGGUGACCCUGCCGCGCGCCCCCCAGACGCGGCCAAUCUCACCACGGCCUCCCUCUUUCGCUGGCGGACCAACAAGGUCAUCUGCUCGCCGCCGCUGUGCCCUGGCGGACCCCGGGCCCGCGCCGAGGUCGGCCUCGUCGAGGACACUGCCUGCGAGCGCAGCUGCCCACCUGUGGCACUCCGAGCCCUGGAGGCCGAGUGCCACAAGUAUCCGGUCGUGGUCAUCAAGGACGUGCGCCUCCUCGACCUGGGCGUGCUGGUGCCCCUUCUGCGCGACCCAGGCCUCAACCUGAAGGUGGUGCAGCUUUUCCGCGACCCGCGGGCUGUCCACAACUCUCGUCUCAAGUCCCGGCAGGGGCUGCUGCGCGAGAGCAUCCAGGUGCUGCGCACCCGCCAGAGGGGCGACCGCUUCCACCGCGUGCUGCUGGCGCAUGGCGUGGGUGCUCGCCCCGGAGGAGCAUCCCGCGCGCUGCCCGCCACGCCACGUGCCGACUUCUUCCUGACCGGCGCACUCGAGGUGAUCUGCGAAGCCUGGAUGCGCGAUUUGCUGUUCGCGCGCGGCGCUCCCACCUGGCUGCGGCGCCGCUACCUGAGGCUGCGCUACGAGGACCUGGUGCGGCAGCCGCGCGCCCAGUUGCGCCGCCUGCAACGCUUCGCCGGGCUCCGCGCGCUCGCAGCCCUGGACGCCUUCGCGCUCAACAUGACGCGCGGCGCGGCCUAUGGCGCCGACCGGCCCUUCCACCUGUCAGCGCGCGAUGCCCGCGAGGCCGUGCACGCCUGGCGCGAGCGCCUGAGCCGAGAGCAGGUGCGCCAGGUGGAGGCCGCCUGCGCCCCAGCCAUGCGCCUGCUGGCAUACCCUCGUAGCGGGGAAGAUGGUGAUGUCGAGCCGCCUGAGGACGAGGAGACACAGCUGGAGACCGAGGCGGACGGCACCACGUAGUCCGCCACCCGCGCCCCCGGGACGGAUCCGGGUCAGUCACCAUAAACCGGGACACUCAGCAUGUUGUCCCAGCGUUGGAAGAAGCCACACUGUGGGGGCAAUCUAUCACACUGUCAGAGACUGGGGCUUGACUUGGUACCAACUGCUGUGCAGUUGGAACAGGAAUAUCAUGAGCUGUUAAAUAAUGACUGACACAUUGGUUGAAACGAAGUUUCCAGUAAGGAAGUGACAGUGCAAUGCAGAUAAUUAUGGCAAUAAAAUAGGAAGAGCUUUAGUUCCCAGCCUGACCCUGCCUCUGUUGGAGUCAAUUCAACAAGGCGUUCUCAGAACAAAGAAGAGACGUGAUUUGGUACCAUUUCGCAUCAGCAGGUGCCUGGACAAAACAUCAAUGUGAAGACGGGCCAAGUGCAGUCCUGUGUAUCUUGAUUAAAUUACUUAAUAUAAAAUAAAAGAUCUGGGCCAUAUAUUUUAAAAUCUGACUCAUCCAGCUCUUCUUCAAAUAGCUCCCCUGGC